AACAAAAUCCAAAAGAAUUUAGAGAUCUUCAAAUUCGUCAGCCCAAACGUCACCUUUUUACAGUGCCUCUCAUCACUUAUAAGAACACUUUGAAUACUCCAAAUCCGACGUUCGUAAAGAAAGACCAGCUCAACUACCUACGCGCCGCCAUCACCACCAUGUCACAGCCUCAUUUCCUCCUAGUGACCUUCCCUGCACAAGGCCACAUAAACCCAACCUUACAAUUUGCCAAGCAUCUUAUACGUAUUGGAGUACGUGUAACUUUCAUCACCUGCAUCUCCGCUCGCCGCCGCAUGACCAAAGUCCCCACUGCUCAAGGCCUAACGUUUUUAUCCUUUUCCGAUGGCUACGACGACGGUUUUCAACCCGGAGUUCACAUAGACCAUUACCUAUCUGAAUUGAGGCGACGAGGCAAAGAAGCCAUCUCCGAGUUUAUAACAAGCAGUGAAAACGAAGGCAAACCCGUCACUUGCAUUGUCUACACCCUGUUCAUCCAUUGGGCCACGGAGGUGGCGCGUAAACAUCACAUCCCGACAGCUUUACUUUGGAUUCAACCAGCCACCGUUUUUGACAUCUAUUAUUUUUACUUCAACGGAUACGAAUCCACCAUUAAAGCUCAUGCUGAUGAAACAAACCCCAAGCGUUCAAUAAAAUUACCAGUUCUGCCGCUACUCGCCACCCGCGACCUUCCGUCGUUCGUCACCGCUUCAAACGUUUACCGUUGGGCACUGUCGUUGUUCCAAGAACAAAUGGACGUCCUCGCCGAUGAAUCCAACCCUAAAAUCCUUGUUAACACAUUCGAUGCUUUGGAACACGAAGCAUUAAACGCCAUUGAAAAUUUCAACAUGGUCGGCAUCGGACCUUUAAUCCCAUCUUCUUUCUUGAGCUCAAAUGACUCCUUGGAUAAUUCCUUGAGAACAGAUCUUUUUGAAUCCGAUUCAAAAGAUUACCUCCAAUGGUUAGACUCCAAACCAAAAUCGGCAGUCGUUUACGUUUCCUUCGGGAGCAUUGCAGUGUUAACGAAGCAACAAGUGGAGGAAAUAGCUCGAGCUUUAAUAUCCAGCCGGCGACCCUUUUUAUGGGUGGUGAGGAACCGGAAAGAUGGAGACUACAAAGAGAAAGAAGAAGAUAAACUGACUUGCAGGGAAGAAUUGGAACAGUUUGGGAUGGUGGUUCCAUGGUGUUCGCAAGUGGAAGUAUUGUCUCAUCCGUCGUUGGGUUGCUUCGUGACGCAUUGUGGGUGGAACUCGACGUUGGAGAGCAUGGUGACCGGUGUACCGGUGGUGGCUUUCCCUCAAUGGACGGAUCAAGGGACUAAUGCGAAGCUGAUUGAAGAUGUGUGGGGGAAUGGGGUGAGAGUGAGUGCUAAUGAAGAAGGGAUCGUGGAACGUGAUGAGAUCUUUAGGUGCUUGGAUUUGGUGAUGGGGGAUGAUGAGAAACGGAUGGAAGUGAAAAAAAAUGUAGAGAAAUGGAAAGGGUUAGCCAGGGAAGCCUCCAUGGAAGGCGGCUACAUGGAUAAGAACCUUAAAGCUUUUGUUGAUGAUGUUGCUUAAGGUUGUUGGAAGUAAAUUUAUCAUUUUCAAGUAAAUUCACUGUUAUAAUAGCAGCUAUAAAUAUUGUACUAGCAACACAAUAUCAAUUCACUGUUACAAAUAAAAUUUAAUUUGUGUUUGUAUUAAA